UGGCGAUCGCCGUGUUGUUAUUGAAGUUCGUCAGUGAAUGAUGACUGAAAAUGUCUGCAAAUCUUAAGCAUAAAGCUGUGAAGUCACAAAAAUUGCCGACUUCUAAGUUCUAUGACAGCAAGUCUAACCCCGUUAUUAAUGCAUUCAAUGAAGAAUAUAAACUUUUUCGACAAUUUAUCAAAAGAACACCGACAGCGCUGAAGUCCAAACAUGACGGAGAAAGGAAAGCUGAAGCCCAAUCGACUUCGCGAGGGUCUGAUUCACUCUUUGGCCUGUGGAACUCUUUUGAAAAGCGGCUACCAAAAGUUUUUUAUCAGCAAAAGCUCAUUGAGAUGGGUGAUUUCCUUGUUUCUAUUAAAGAAUACAACUUGGCCGUCUGGCAGUGUUACGGCAGGUACCUGGAUGAGUUCGGAGGUCAACAUAUAGAGGACAUUGUCGAUGUAACAUCAGUGAAGGAAAUCUUCUUCCCAGAUGGCUUGGAAACUGAACAUGCAAGUUUAACUUUUCGGGCACUGUAUGGUAAAAGCAUCUGCAACUACCAAUUGGUCCUGCAGUCGGAUUCCAAGUUGCAAAAUACAGAGUCUGUAUGUAAAUGUCUAAAACUGCUGGCCUUUCUUCGUCUCAUUACUCAAAUUGUCCUGCAUAGAGAACCUCUUUGUUGGCUGGUGUAUAAUGGCACCAUUCAUAUCUACAGUGUUUCCAGACUCAUGAUGACCCUAGGUCAUUCUUCUAAGGUUCUGGAGUACCUUUUGUGGGCCUGUAUGUGUAUGGAGAACUCUGUUCCCUUGUUAACUGUACGUUAUCUUCCUUGGAGGACGACUUUAUAUACGGCUGUAUGUCAGUGUUAUUAUGAUUGUAAGGCUGGUGUUCAGGCAGAGAGCUUUGCAAGGCGUUCUCUUGCUAAAGUGAAUGAGCUGAGUCAGCUAGAGAAGAUCAGUUCCUCAGUCUGUAGUCCAGAAAUUGACACUAUUUUUAGGCAGGCAGCUGUUAAGCUUGGCGUCAUGGUUUACAAGAGGAUAGUGUUCGAUACACGUAAAAGACCGAAAGGACUUCUGCGACCAAAAACACGAAGUAACAUUAAAGAUGCCCAGUCGCCAACUGCUGAGGUUCGUGUGAUGACAAUAGUUGCAAGUGAUGGUAGAUUAAUAUGGCAUAAAACGUCUAAACAGAGACUAGAUGAUCUGUUUAAGAAACCAGGCUCACUUCCGUGGCCUAGGACAUCAGUUGAAAAAUUAUUGGCAGACAUGUUUGAGGGCAGUUCAGCACAGUUUUUAGCGUUGUUAGAUACGCUGAGUGACAGCACACGGCGCACAUUGCUCACCAGCCCGCCAGCUUCUGAUUCGGAGGACUACAUUCUUGAUACAUUCACUGAAAUGUUCUUUGCUGGCAUGGAGAUAAUAUCAGGGGGAGGAGGUAAAAAUCCCAGAACAGUUCCAAUCACAAUCAAUGAUGUGAAUCUAUGUGGUGUGGUUUUGGACGGCAGCCUAAUGGAUAUGGCAUCCAGGGCUGAAGAUGGUGUCACGUUAACUGCUGUCGUUAAGUUUGUCAAGUGGGCUUACAAUUACGAACAGUGGGAGGUGUAUGACUUGAUGAUGGGACUAUUGCAAGACAAGAUGAGGACUUUGGAUAUUGUCAAAUACACAGCAGAACUGAGAGGGCUGGAGGUUAUCCAAUGCAUGGAAGUCUUAAACUUUAACAGAAAGUCCAGGAAACUCACCCACACUGAGGAGAACAGCACAAGUGAUGCUCCGGCUACGCAUAACCUUUCAGCUCAAGUGUCUCAGCGUACUGUUUCUUCUAGUGAUGAGAUGGUCCAGUUGGCAGAGGUUCUCUAUUCCUGUAUUCGAGAUCCAAUGGCUGAGAACAUUGAUCGUGACAUGAUGGUGGAUGCAACUCUGUUUCUUUGGUCCAAGUGUAAGGCAGUGUUUCAGAAAUUCCAAACAGGAGCUGCGGAUAGUGGCAAGUAUCUACAGCGGAUGGACCAGCCUGGAAAGUGGGUGCAUAUUUUAAACAUCAUUCACGAAGUGAUGUACUGGUGCGGUUUGAAUAACAUCGAUCCUGGCGUAACUGCUGAGGUCGCCCUUCGUUUGGCGUUAGUCCUUGAGAACAAUGCAGCUCAGGAGAGUCAAGAGACAGAAUCUGAGAAACAGAAAAGAUGUGAAAAUGAGGCCAAUAAUGCAAUGUCAGCUUCAAGUAAAUCUCCUACAAAAAGCUAUGUAAGUGAUGGUCACGAAACAGUCACACUAGGAGGACAUGUUAGCACCUCCCUUUACACUGCAACUAUACUAUCACAAGGAGAGAGGGAACAAUUGCUUACAGCUAGGGAGAUCUUGACCAGGGCUCUACAGGGCAUGUCCCUUGCCAGAGAAGCUGUUGCUUUGACUGAUGGAAAAUCUAUUGCAGACAUCAGUUGGAUGAAGGAGAACAAAAAGACUACAAAUGAUGAUCUUGAAAAUCCAGAAGGGGUCCACAACACCUUGCGGGAUCUCCACCUUGAGCUGCUCUUCAUGUACCAUCGAGUGUGCUUAAAGCUCGCUGCCAUGGGACCAGAUCCUGCAAGUCUUACUCAGACAAGGUUCAAGAGAUCUACAAAUCAGAAGAGCCAAAUAGAGUCCCCAGGUACGUUUGAUGAACUUAGAGUUGAGUCAAUGAAUGAACUAGAAGCCAAAUGUAAAAAGAACAGCAUCUACAAAGCUUUAUUCUUCAUUCAGAAGUCUCUGCAGAGUUUUAAGAAAAGUGGCUCAAAUGGCAAACCGAAGCAGUUCUUACAGGAUGCUAUAGCACUGAUAACCAAAGCUCAAGAAGAAGAAUACAAACUCUACAAGCUGAACACGUCCCCAAAGAACACUGGUAACAACACCAUUCCCCCUCCCCCAGUGCUUUUAUGCAGAACUGAUAACUCAAUGGUCUUCAAACCAGGUGUAUUCAACCCAAAAGAAAAGGUUGGUUGGUAUUCCUUGUUUGGCUGUUCAGCUGCUGGAAGCAAUGUCAAAGUCAGAUUAAAUGACUAUAACCUUCCAGGAACUGGCCAACAAGUACCAGCAUACGACUGUCAUUUGCAUGUGUCUGGUCUAGUAGCCAACGAGAAGUAUGUGUUUGCUGUAGCUGCUUAUACCGCUGAUGGCAAGUUGAUCGGGGAAAGCAUCGGGCAGACCAGUAAGCCGAUAAUGGCUUCACACACUAUGCCCAUACUCAUGAGUUGGGCAUUCCUCAGUCAGGUUGCUUACCAAGUUAGUUGCUAUGGAAUCUCGCAGCAAGCUACAGGUGUAUUGUGGGAUCAUUUUGUCGCUGUUCCUGAACCAUGUGAAUCAGAUGUAACAACUGAUUGUGCGCAACAGGACUUCCAAUUGACACUGAGAAGGCUGAACACAAAAACAGCUAGUGUAGCAUCGCCGGUAUUGCUACGUAUGUUUCUUACUAGUAUAUUCAUCUACGUUGAUGUUAACACAAGAGCCGGGGCGAUCUAUUGUGACAAGCUGUGUGAUGAGGGACCUUAUUACAAAGGCCAGUUGCUGCGAUUGAGAGAAUGUGAACGUAUGUUGGUUGCCUUGGAGUUAGCCGGUUGGUUAAAUGAGUCAAACCUAGCCCUGCAAGCUGUUGUCCAAUGCUAUGGUUUAUUAGCUCCGAUUAUCCACUACAAGAUACCAUCUGUACCUGUAAUACAGGUUUUAACGUUUUGCCAUGCGGUCCUACAAGAGAUCCCUUCCAGUUUACUGAUGCGUCGUCAGCAGUCUGUAUGUGACAGUCUGCAUCACAUGGUUGCCACCAUCACGUACCACAUGGCUAAAGUUCUUCGGAUCUGGAAGCAGAAGCCUUUAGCUAACCUUAUUGCUGACACUGGAAAGAAAAUGCUUGCAGUAGAAAAGGAUCCUGAGAAAUCUAAGACUCAGGAAACUGUAGUUGACUUUGGAGACAAUGUUGAUGACGGUGGCCAGGCACAUCGCAAGAAGAAAGUACGACGAGCAGGUCACAUGACGUUUAACGUUGAAGGACCACAAAACGAAGAACUACGGGCUCUGGAGGCUCACAUGCUCAAACUAACCAAACUUGCUCAUAGUAGCAAUGAACUGACUGGCUCUGAAGAUCCAAACAUCUUGCAUGCAUUCAUUGCAACACUCCCAAGCAGGCAUUCUUAUAAGGAAGUUGUCAAGUUUCGGCGACGUGCCCGUUACCUGGAGUUCUUUGUACAAGUCAUGCAGAAAGCACUGAGCGAAGGUUUAGUGGAACUAGCAACUGAAUGGUGUGAUGACACAAAACUGUGGCUUGUUAGGCGCAAUGAGCAGCUUUCUUCGGCUAAAAUGUUUUUAACAAAGCAGCAAGGUGUUUUGACAGUGGCUGGGGAUGACCCUAAGAAGUUCGCUGCUGCAGCUAUGGAGUUUUCAAAGAUCAAUAAACCUCAUCACAAAUCACCAGAUGGAAAGAGUCCAAGAAAGAAGAGAAAAAAGUUCCAGUUACUGGUUAAUCUGAGAUCAAAUUCGAAAUUAUCAGAGACUGCCAAGACGACCCAAGAGGAGAAGGAAUUGAGGUCUUUUGAAAUUCUUGAUAGAGCUUUCCCAGAAUUCUAUCACUCAACUAAGAGGCGUCAGAGAUUGAGGAAAGUCUGCUCCGAUGAAUUGCCAUGGCGAUGCCAACUCAACAUUCUCCAAGGGCUUUGCUUCUUCGCUCAGUUUCUUAACAAAGUUGAGAAACGUAACAAACUUAUAGGUCCUACAUCAGGAGAUAUUUAUAGAUCAUCUUACAUUGACAACGAAUGGGUUACUUUUGAGACAUCUGGCACCUUGGUGGUAGGCUGGGAUGGCGGUCCAUCAAGAGCAGUUACUCGUCAAGAGCAGAGAAGAGAUGGCACAAAGGAUCCAAUUAUGCAACAGUUAAAACAAAUUGGCAUUGGAAAGCACGAAUUGAGAGCAUAUAACUCUGCUAUUGAAGUAGCAGCAGCAGCCUCCAUCGGUAAACAAUUACCUCAGUUGCCGCCACCACCUAGCGAUAAACAGUCUGAUAGUCUGCCAACGUAUCGGUCAAUUGACACGGAGAAAGUGACAAAACAUGCUGGGCACCAUCAGGACUACAACGCAAUUACAUUACAUGCACUCACCAGUGACCUGACCAAAACUUUCAACAACUUGAAGAAGGCUAUUGUCCUAGCCCAUCGUGGUCAGCAUUGGACCCUUCUACAGAAUGCCAGCAGAGCCAUGUGGAACUGUGCGCACACCAGUCUUCUGUAUUGUUUUGCCAACGGCCAUGCCUCCGGGAUCCUGUCUGUUGAAGCCAUGAGAUCCAUUGUGUGUCAGCCGUUCUUUGUGGCUGCAGACUGCAUUCUGGACAUGCUUGCAGCGUUGCAAAACAACAGUAACACAAAGGCCAAGAAAAAUAUGAAAGAUAUGGUAAACAGUGACCUGAUGGGCAACGUUACUGAUGAAAUUGGUGGCACUAGCCUGAAGUUUGAGAAGUACUUGGAUGACUGUAGCAUGGUGGACAAACACUGGAUCAGACGUAUGAUACUGCGAGUCCUGGAGAUGCUGUACUAUGAACAGCAGUGGGAAAAGCUUACUGAUAUUGCAAUGAGGUUUAAUGUCCUCACCAAUGAACGAUAUUCAGAGCAGAUUGGACCAUUAAUUUGCCAAGCCCAGCAGAAGUUGAUUUCCAGGAUCAAGGCAUACGGUGGACCAGAACCCCCUCAGAGUGCCUUCAGGUUGGCUGCUGAAGCCAACGAUGUACCCAUCACUGCUAAGAACUACAUGAAUGUACAGCUGAUUAGUGGUCACCAUGAGAGGGUGUCUGAACCAUUGGAGAUGGGGGGAAGAAUUGAUCCAGAGGGGCACAAUGUGUAUGGGGGUGCGUGUGAUGCAAUGAAGCUUGUGUGUGUUCCAUUGGAUGUUGCCGAUAGUCUUCAAAACUUCCGUCAAGCAUUGGACAUAUGUUACUACACAUCGAGGGCGCUACAACACUCCAGGAAACUGCUGAUUCUUUAUCUAGCUGGCCAACAAAUAUGCCCUAAUAUGGGCAGGCAAAGUCGUGUAGAUUUCAGUGAGACAGAUGAUAAGAUACAAAGUGACGUGCCACCUGAUCUCAGGAAAUCAGAAUUCAGUAACAUGACGGACAUCCAAACUCCAGCUUUGCCAAAGUCCCAGCUAGCUGUUGUCAUGUCAUCCUACAGUAAAACAAUAGAAAUGCUGUUGUCAAGGAAACAUACAGACUUAGCUGCUCAAGGGAGCCAUGAACUGGGAAAUCUUCACUACCAUUCUGGCAAUAUAAGAGCUGCAUUUAGAUGGUGGUCUGAGGCACUGGACUUGAUCCUAAAGACAACUGACACCCUUCACACAUGGAGGAAAAUUCUUGGUGGAAGCAGUGAGGAUGACAUCAGCAGCCAGUUGUUGCAAAGAUGUGGAAUGUGGGGAUGUCUUCUAGGAGCCAUUCUUGCAUCAAAGAUUGCUCAAUAUAUUUUAACAUCCGAUUUGGGUUUGCGUAUGGAGAGUUGUUUCCUGUCAGCGUUUUUGUUCAAAGCCAUCUUCUGUACCUCGCUCCCACACCCAACUGCUGAUCGCGACUACGCCCUCUAUGAGAUAGGUGAAGGUUGCGAAGUCCAGUACCUAGUGCCGGGUGUUGACCUCCUGUCGGACAAGUUCCGAUGUGAGGGAAGAACCCUUGUGUCUUGUUUAAGAUGGGUUACGGAAGAACUGUUCCGAGGCAGACACAACCUAAUGGUCUUACCUCUCCUUACCUUGUAUAACUAUUUCACAACCUUCAUCUGCCGUGAUCUUCAACGAACUAUAGAUGGAAGAAUUCUCAAGGUCAGAAUUUUAACAGACCUCGGACUGUACACGGAAGCACUGACUGUUCUGAAUCGGAUUCUUAAUGGUGAACGUCUACCUCAAACGGCUGAUAGCAACUUCAGACAGGUGUCUGCUAUUGUGUCGUCUCUCAAAUACAACACAGACAAGCCAGUUACAGAUCCAGUCAAUAUUAAGGUCCUAGGAACUCUGGUUGAAAAACGUCUGUCUCCGUCCUUAGCAACCAUGUAUGGCCCGCACCUGACCUGCCAUCUGUCUUUGGCUCAAGCGCAUCUUAUGAUUGCUUUAGCCAAUAGCAUACCAGUUUUGCCAUCAAAGGAAGAAGCAAUUUUCCCCGAAGCUCCAAAUGAAGGAAGAAAGUCGAGCGCAGCAGGAAGUACCGUCAAUAAACCUCAGGUAUCAGUUGCAUCCCGGAAGACAGACAGAGACGCAAAGAUAAUAAUCACUCCACGACUCACCAUUGAGGAUGCACUGGCCGCUUCUGUUGAUGAUGUGUCUGUGGAAAGUUUGAAUGUAAAGGACAAUCUUGGAGGGUUUGCAACCGGAAUGAGUUUGCCAGGCCUAGAGAAGAUGAAGGGAGUGUUGUUAUGCACUGCGGAACGAUUUCUCAACAUCUUAGUAGAUUGCAUGGAAGAAAAAGGCACUGCAACGCUACAUGCCUCUGAACUGGAGUUGGUGGUGCUUGGCAAGCUUGAGUUGGCGUCGGUGUAUUGUCAGUACCAGUUGGCCUCCAAGUCUGCCUCAGCAGUGGCCUCUGCCAUGCUGGCUAUACAGACCAGUGUAAUUUUCCAUCAACCAACUGCAAAGAACACUCGCAAUUCUUUGAGGAGAUCUUCUAUGAAAGGAAGUCACCAGCAUGUGUUAGAGAUGUCAUCUCAAGACUUCAAUUAUACUGAUGAGUCUCAGUCUCAAUCAAGUCACUUCCAGUACCAAAACUCCCAAAGUCGAGCACGACUUGAUGGCAGACUUUGGCUGAAUAGCAGGCUGACACUUGUAAAGAACCUGAUGACAGGGGUCAGAGGCAUGGGCCAUAUAUCAGAAGACAAUUCAGAGAAAUUAGACUUGAGUGAAUGCCGUGAACAUUGCAUGCAGGGCCUGACAGAGGCAGAAGCAUGUGGAGACAUUGAACUACAGGCAGAAUUCCUUCUGCAGGGCGCCCUCUUGGACUUGCAGGAAGGACGUGCCUUGUCAGAUGUUAAACAAACGCUGAAGGAGGUGGUGGACCUUCUGACUGGGCUUCAGACACUCUCCCCAGAAGCUUCACGGCUGCAGUGUCUUGCAAGAACCCACCUCAUUGACCUGGAAGCACUGGAUAUCCCAGAGGAGGUAGCGACUACCACAUUAGCUUUGCAGAUUACGUUGCAGAGUUAUUGUGAGGUGCAAGAUAUGCUCUUACAACAGAUGAAGUACCUUGGAGAAUGUGUUGAGAUACACAACAUACAGCCGGCAUUAUCUAGCUUAACAUUCCCGUUUCAUAACAUUUAUUUGCCACACUUGCUCCUAUUGGUUAAGUUGAAGAUGAGGAUUGGCUACACGAUGGCAAGGCAGGCUAGCUUCAGUACGGAAGAAGAGUCAACCAUGUUGUGGCGUUUAAGUGCUGAUGUGUUAGCAAGUGCUUUAUCACUGAGCAGAGUCUGUGUUCGUACAAACUUUACAUUACAAGCGGAGAUACUUCUUCAUUUCGGUAAAGUAGAGCAUCAGUUAUUUAAAGCUGGAUUGUGUUCCUGCAGAUCUGUUGUAGACACCUUGGUGCAAGCAAUCUCCACUAGCUAUACUGCAAAUCACGAUCUACAGUUGAUUAAGGAAGCUUACCUUGAAAUGGCUGAGGUGUACAUGAAGGGAAGCACUGUCUUAAAUGCAGUUCAAGACCCUGAUGAUGUCUCCACCACCUCAUCGGUUGUCUCUGCAAAGGAAACUAAGCCUUCUGCAUCAACUCAAAAAUCCAGUCGUAAGAGCGGUUCAAAGGUAGUUCAUCAAGUACUGCAUUUGCAAAGAGAGAAAAAGAAAGAAAUGCAUGCAGCUUGGAUGGCUGUACGUGCAGCAACGUCUUUAGCACAGGCUCAACGUCGACUUGCCUUGCUGAUCGGUGACUCAACAUUGACAACUAUCCAGUAUAAAGAUACCAUGAAGCAAGCUAUACCUGACUUCUUGAAGGAGGACUUGAUGGUGAUUGAACAAGAAAUUCAUGGGAACUCCUUGGAUUCAAAGAAUGUGUUAGACACUUUAGAAGAAGCAAGUCAGGACAAUGAUGACUUUAGAUACCCAACAAAAGAGCUACAACUUACCUGGAUACAUCUUGUCACAUACACAUCCAUCCUGCAGCGGAUGUGUAGCAUGUCGGCCAUAGGCAUCAAGGACAUAUUACCAGACGACACAAACACAAGCGACAUUGGGACAAGCAGGAAUGUAGUUAGACUACCAUUGUUAGCUGAUGCCGCUGCACUAAGACUCCAGCGCAUGCACAACUUCCUGACUAAUCACCUCCAGGUUUAUGCAUCUGAAUGCAGUGCCAUCUAUCCUCCAUCUCAACUGCAUCUGGCUCCGAUUGAACCUGCCAUACAGCCUGCUAUUCCAAUCAGAAACAUCUUGCAAAAUGAGACAACACCGGUGAUCAAAGAACCACCAAAGUUUAAUGACAAGAUUCCAGCUCUGACAUCCGAUAAACAACUUUGCAUUCAGUGGUACAGAAGCGUGUUCAGCUCCUGCUUAGACAGCACGGGAGAUAUCCUCCUCCUUUACGCUAUCACGACAAAACAGCCAAAGAGUUCUAAAAUUACCAAGCAGGGCUGCGGUAAACGUGUUUUACCUUACGCAAAAGUUAAAAUCCUACACAAUCAACUAGUUGAACUGAAGCAGAAGGCUGAGAUGUCUCUGGCAGACAAACCAAAAGCUGCCGAUAAACCGAUCACCCCUCCAACUCAAGGAAAACCAUCAAGUCGUAAAUCGAAAAGAACUGCACGCAUCACCCAGUUGUCUGCUAAAGUUAAACGGGAUGAAAAUUUGGAAGCUCUAUUAAAGCAGUGUAUGGCAAGUGUGCAAAAUCUCUUCACAAAUGUCAAUAUCCAAUAUUCUGAAUUAGAGAUUCCAUUUGAAGUGACACUGAGCACCAUCAGGAGUUUGGAGAUGAUGUUUGAUCCAUUAUAUGGCAGUGAUCUGACACAGCCACAACUGAUUGACUGGGUUCUUCCAUUGUUUGAAACAUCCAUUCCAGAGUUACCACAAUGAAUCCUUCUGUAUGUCACUCAGUGAUCUAACUGAACUGAUUGACUGUGUUCAAUUGUUAAAAUAUAAUGAGAUAUCAGAGCUGUUACAAUAGUUCAUUAUGCAUGACAGUGUCUCAACUUGUUAUUUAAAGAGUUCUUCCACUGUUUGACACAUUCUUACCAGAACCAGAGAAAUCACAUUAAUUUAUUCUGUAUGGCAGUAAUCUUGCAUGACCUCGACUGAUUGACUUGCUUCUUUUCUUGACAUAUAUACCAGAACUAUCACAAUAAUUCCUUCUGAAUGGCAUUGAUGUCACAUAUCCUCAACUGACUUAUUGACUGGUCUUGUUUGUCUUUACAAUGAUUACAUUUGUAUGUCAUUGACUGUGUUCUGUUGUUUUAAAUAGUUGUACAUAUUUACCAUGUUAAUAUAUUCUGUAUGACAGUUAUUUUAUUAGACCUCAAUGUAAAGUAGGUUCUUUCACUGUUUGUAACAUUUAUCAGAGCUCACAAUAUUUCAUUCUGUAUGGCAAUGAACACACAUUAACCUCAACUGAUUGACUGGGUUAUUCCUUUUUUUUUAACCAAUCUUAUGAGAGCUCUCACAAUAGUUUCUACUACAGGCUACCAUUGGGCUUAUUCGAUUGUUUUAUUUCAUUGGGUACGAAUUUUUGUUGAGUAUUAUUUUCAUUCAAGUGGUUCGUAAAUAGACUUCGUUGACAGUGAAAAUUAACGUCACCAGAAUGUGUUAAUCAGCGCAAGUUAUCCAUGUGACCAACAAAAUAUGGCUGAUUGGUCAGUUUAGAAACACCAUUUGCGUUAAUAUAAUUUAGAUUAAAUUUCAGAAAAUAGAAAUAGUAGUUAGAUGGAACCGCAUGUUUGGUGAUGCAAGUUGUAUUGUUGUUUGCAGUUACAUUAUUAAAUUAAAUUUUGUAUGAAGUAACCUCUAUUAAGGCGACAUCGAUGUUACUGUUUUUGUCUAUCCUCUUGCACUGUUGCAGUAAUCUGUUAAUUUAAGGGCUAUAAUACUGUGGGGAUUUUCAAGAAAGGUAAAUGCUGUGGGUUAGUUUAAGACGUAAUAUAUCCCAAGAGGGAUUAUUAUUGUGAAGUCACUAACAAUAACAUAAAACAUCAGUUUCAGUAGGCCUUCAAUUAAAAAAGCUCCAUCCCCACCUUUGCACGCUGAUAUGUGGCAGCGCUGGCUCCAGAAAUUUGCCGACAAGGGGUCUGACGCGGGGUCUGAACCAAGGGGCCGGCUAGAGCCUGGUCCGAAUUCCGCAAUAAAAAUCCCUGGUAGGGCUUAUGGCUUAGUAUGGUCCCAAUUGUGCACAUAGGGAUUGGCAAUCUAAAUAACGUUAUUUCGGUAGGCAAAUAAUAUUUUUUAAAUUUUUGAUCUGACGACCUCGUUGUGGCGUCAGAUGACGGCACGGUCCAGGCCUGUUCAACAGGAGGGCAAGAGCCCUCCCUGCCCCACGCAGAUUCCAGACCUAAGGAUAGACAACAGUGGUAUAUUGCACGUAAUAUUAUUAAUAUUAUAUAAAAGCUACAGAAGUCAAUAGACUACCGAGUAUCUAAGUUAAAAACGUCACAGAAAGACUUAAUGUGACAUACCUAGUUCACCAUUCAAUCUUAAUGACAGACUGCAAGGAAAAUUUAAGGGUAAGGGUGAAUUUAAUUGGUGCUGCUGGGGGUUCAACAGGUGGUAGGUCGUUUCGACCACUGCCAGUUCGUUUGAUGUUUUUAAUUCACAAUAAACUUUAUUCCACCAA